AUGGCGGCCGAGCGGACGUUGUGGUCCCCGUGGACCAGUACGGUCCUCCUGCUGGCGCUGUCCGGACUCCUCGAACCCCGCUGCGCACUAUCGGAACCGGGCAAAUGGGUUGUGAACGUGGACAACGAAACUUUGAGGAAGCACAACCUUUUCGUCUUCGCUAAAACGCUCUUCAACAACAGCGUCAUCCAUCUUAAAUUGGCGGGCCAGAGCUGCAACUCGUCUUUUCCAGUGCGCCUGAACGUCUCUUGGUACCUGAGGAGCUCUCGUUGCUACGAUGAAGUCUUCAGUCUGGACACCUUGCGAGCGGAAAAAUACUUCAGGUCCACGGAGGUGAAGCAGGAAGGAGGAAGCGGUUUCUAUGUCUUUCAUCAGUACCCUCUUAUCACCUGCGAGUCACCAGUGGACCCCAACAAAACUGUCUGUCUGACGGACUGUCUGAUGGAUUGUGACUGUCGGGUGGUGGUCUCUCUGUCUCUGACAGCUUGUGUCUUUCUGUCUGUCCGACACUGUCUGUCUUUUGGUCUGGAAACCUUCACAGAGAAAACUCCAUUGACUGAACUGCAAAUUCAGCCAAGCAAUACAAAGGCCCCCGUCAGAAACCACAGAGAUGCGGGGCUUCCUAAACCCAAGGUGCAAACAGGAGGAACGGACAAGAAGGAGGAGAAGCAGAAGAAUAAAAGUUCUGCAGGAGACACCAAAAUUGCUCCCAAACAGAGCGUCGCAGCACAUGCCCACUUGGACGCGGUGGCCGAGAGCUGGGCGGACGGUCCGUACCUCUUCCUACUGAGCGUCCGCGAGGUGGGCGGCCAGAAGGGGGAUCCGGCGCCUGCCCCUUGGAAUUUGCGGCUCGAAGUGAGCGCGACGGGACCUCGCGAUUACCUCUCAGCCUCGGAGUGGCCGCUCAUGCUGUUCUACAUGGGGAUGUGCGUGGUGUACGUGCUGCUGGCGCUCUUGUGGCUCAUCCUGUCGGCGUGCUACUGGAGGGACCUGCUCAGGAUCCAGUUCUGGAUCGGAGGCGUCAUCUUCCUGGGGAUGCUGGAGAAGGCCGUUUACUACGGCGAGUUUCAGAGCAUUCGAUACCACGGAUUUUCGGUCCAGGGGGCGGCGGUGUUCGCCGAGCUUCUGUCGGCCGUGAAGAGGACGCUGGCGCGGGUGCUGGUCAUCAUCGCCAGUCUGGGAUACGGCAUCGUCAAGCCACGGCUGGGAGCGCUGCUCCACCGCGUGGUUGCCGUCGGUCUGCUCUACCUGUUGUUCUCCACCAUUGAAGGCGUCCUGCGAGUCAACGGCGACAGAAGCAGUGACGCCGGAAGUUUGUUUUUGUGCGACGUGGUGUUAGCCUUCACCGACUCCUGUGUCAUCUGCUGGAUCUUCGUGAGUCUGGCUCAGACCAUGAAGCUUCUCCGCCUCCGCCGCAACCUGGUCAAGCUCUCGCUCUACAGGCACUUCACCAACACGCUCAUCUUGGCCGUCAUCGCGUCUGUCAUUUUCAUCGUUUGGACUACAAAGACUUUCAAGAUGGCCAAAUGUCAAUCUGACUGGCGCGAGCUUUGGAUCGAUGACGCUUUCUGGCGUUUCCUGUUCUCCGCCAUCCUGUUGGUCAUCAUGUUCCUAUGGCGACCGUCGGCCAAUAAUCAGAGGUACGCGUUCCGGCCUCUGGUGGAUGAAGAGGACAGCGACGAAGAGGAAGAGGAGGAGGAGCUGAUGGUGAACGAAGCUUUCGAAGGCAUGAAGAUGAGAGGCGUCAAGAACGAAAGCAACGGCAGCGCCGCCGCCGCCAGAGCCAGCAAAGUGGAUGAAGAUCUGAAAUGGGUGGAGGAGAACAUCCCGUCGUCAAUGGCUGACAUCGCCCUGCCGCCUCUGCUCGACUCGGAGGAGGAAAUCAUGACGACCAAGUUUGAGAUGUCCAAGAUGGAGUGA